CGCCAACAAGUUUCAUAAAUCGACUACGCCAUAGGAAGAGCGCUCGAAAUAGCGGUUUGAUACUGAAUGUACUUCUAUUGCUAUAUUCCAAGUGUUUCACUGUGUUCUGUUGCACGCGCGGACAGGAAGCACGUAUUUAUUUCGUAUUUGGUACGAAAUUUUGAUUUGUAUAUUAACAACGCUAUCAGUCGUUACUCGAUUUUCUUAUCAAUAUCUUCGACAUUUAUCCGCCGUAUCAGAUAUCGUAUCGUUGAAUUCGUAUAACAGUGCAUCGAUAUAUAGUGUUUAAUAUCGUUUUUAAUUGAAAAGAUAGUCCUCUGAAUAAUUGAUCUGUCAUUUGCCGCACUUUCCAAAAUCGAACGUGUUAAUAUUUAAAAAGUAAUAGCAGUGUGCAUUUAUAAAGUUUCCGUCAAACGAUAGCCGGAUCUAUGCUGCGUAAUCUUCUAACAAUUCAUGUAUUGACGGAGGCAUGAAUUUAACACAAUCGUGUCUCUUUUUAACGAAGCACACGUAAUCUGGAUUUCAUGUGUAAACAGUUCGAAGAAUUUCAGGCGAUGCGGCACAACCGAACGAUGUGGAUCGCGUUCUUUUAACGCAUCUCAAAGAGACCAAUCGACAAAUUACCGAACGAUGAUUUUUCAUAUGGACUGACCGUUGGGAUUUCUAUUUAUACGUGUUUCGAUUAUCACUGCAGCUGUUGCACGCUUUUGUCACGAUGAGUGUCGUUCCACUCACCGAUAAACAACUUUAUCAGCUGAGUGUCAGUAUCGGGAAAGCUGUAAACCCUACAGAGACUCCUGUGAAAGAGAAACAUGUGCGAAGUGCGAUUAUAGGAACAUAUCAAGAGAAAAGUGGGAUGAUCUUUUGGAUGUACAUGUUGAAGCAACCAAUUCAAGAAAAUCAAAUAGUAGCAUGGAAAUUUUGUCACGUUCUGCACAAAGUUCUGCGCGAGGGUCAUCCGAAAGUAAUUCCAGACUCUCAGCGUUAUAGGGGUAAAUUGGAGGAUAUUGGAAAAUUAUGGCAACACCUCCGAGAGGGUUACGGUCAACUGAUCCAAUUGUACAUAAGGCUAUUAAUCACCAAAUUAGAUUUUCAUAAUCGAAAUCCGCGUAUACCGGGAAAUCUUCAAGUAACUCCGGAGGAACUGGAAUCCAUCGGAGAGAAUGAUAUUAACGUUUAUUUCCAAAUGUCGGUCGAGAUGUUCGAUUACAUGGACGAUAUUUUGAAUUUGCAACGUGCAGUUACCACUUCUUUGAAGAACACACCUUCGAACUCUAUGACUGUCAGCGGACAGUGUCGACUGGCUCCGUUAAUCCCGUGCGUCCUAGAUGCAUCACAGCUCUAUGAUUAUUGUGUAAAAAUUUUGUUCAAACUUCAUAGUACUCUGCCCGCGGACACUUUAGCCGGUCACCGUGACAGAUUUUCCAAACAGUUUCAAGAACUGAAGAAGUUCUAUAAUACUGUUAAACAGAGACAGUAUUUUAAGCAUCUUAUAACAAUACCUGCGUUACCUGAGAAUCCACCAAAUUUUUUGAUACAAUCUGAAUUAAGAACUUAUGUUACACCUAUAGUAGUAUUACCACCAGAAGAAUCCUUCGCUGAUUCUGAAACGGUUGUUGAUAGUCUGAUAGACACUUCUGACACAAGUUCAUUGCCAGGGGAUCAACUAGAUUCCACGCGAAACGGAUCGAUUUCACCCGAUGCAAUCGCGGAAAGGGAAAGUCUUAUUGAUCAUUUGCAACAAGAGAACAAUCGUCAGAGGCAAGAAUUGCACCGUGUACUGACUGAUCAUCAGCAAAUUGUAGGAGAGCUGCAUAGUCGUGUCGCGCAGCUUGAAUCAGAUUUACUUGUUAAAUGCCAUGAGAUGGAACAGGAGAAACAAGUCAAUCAGGAUUCAGUUAAGCAGAAAGCGGAAAUGAUGGUGAAGGUUCAUGAAAGUGAUGAAAAGUAUAAGAUCUUGGAGGAAAAGUUUCACAAAUUGAAGGAUGUCUAUGCAAAAUUAAGAGAAGAACAUAUCAGUUUAAUUAGAAAGAAAGCGGAAGUUGACAAGCAGCUUGGAAUUUUAAAAAUGUCUCAAGAACAAUCUGAACGUCGAACAGUGGAAGCGGAACGUCGUCUCGAAGAAUUAUUACAAGGCCAAGCUUUAACACAACAGGAAGCGAAAAAGGCCGUCGAAGCGCAGCAAGAUUUGGACGAUGUUAAGCAACAACUCAAUGGCGUAAAAACAGAAAACUUAGCGUUGAUUGCCAAAAAUGAUUUUAUAACAUCUGAGAAAACAGCCCUGGAAGGAGAUUUACAUGAUUUAUUAGCGCAGAAGGAAGAGUUAGAUUUAAAAAUAGAGAAAUUAGAGGUUGAAACUGAGCGAUGUCGUAAUGAAAUGAACACUCAUGCUGACACUGUGCUGCAUGAAUUGUUGCUUAAUUGUAUAUGUGAAGCGGAACAUAUAAUGCAGUAUUCGCUGCAUGCCAUUGAUAAUCCAGCAAUGUCGGAUCUGACUUGUACACCUCAGUACCUUGAAAGAUUAGAAGAACCGACAUCGAAAUCACUGGAUGCUUUGGAUGUAGCGUAUACUGGUUUCGUAUGUGACACAACGAAAGGGAAGGCGCUCAUAACAAGUGCAAUACAGGUCGCUUACACUUUGGGACUUUAUAUAAUCCACGCGAAAUCUACGUCGAAUACGUCUAUUGAUAUCGCGUUGGGCGAUAAAUUGACUGAUGAGUGUAAACAGUUAGGGACACAAACGUUAACAAUGUUUAACCAUGUGAAAGAAAAGUCACCCACAACCGUGGGUCAAAUCAACGAAGUAAAACAACAUUUUAAAAAAAUAUGCGAACUUGCCGCCACAUUGUCGAAUGCCCAAGGUAAUGUAGAAGUUAUAGGGAGUUUAGUGGAACAAGAAUUGUUAGGUAUGGAUAAAGCGAUAGAGGAAGCUGCUAAUAGAAUACGGGACAUGUUAGAGAAAUCCCGUGCGGCGGAUUCAGGAUUGAAAUUAGAAGUAAACGAGAAAAUUUUAGACUCCUGUACAGAAUUAAUGAAAUGUAUAAGAACGUUAGUUAAAAAGUCACGAUUACUACAGGCAGAAAUCGUUGAACAAGGAAAGGGUACAGCCUCUGCAACUGAAUUCUAUAAACGUAAUCAUCAAUGGUCUGAAGGGCUGAUAUCAGCAGCGAAAGCGGUAGCAAUGGGUGCUAAUCUUUUAUUGGAAGCUGCUGAUAAAGUUGUUGCCGGAAAUGGCAAAUUUGAACAAUUAGUAGUAGCGUCACAAGGAAUUGCAGCGACCACAGCCCAGCUAGUAGUCGCGAGCAGAGUAAAAGCAAAUAGAAAUAGCAAUAAUUUAGCUGCACUUUCUGAAGCAUCGAGGGAUGUUACGCAAGCAACAGGAAGCGUUGUUGCAACUGCUAAAAAUUGUAGUCAACUUGUUGAAGAAAAUGAUGACUUAGAUGUUUCUGGCUUGACCCUACAUCAGGCUAAACGACUAGAAAUGGAGGCCAAAGUUCGCGUAUUAGAACUAGAACAGGCUUUGGAGACUGAAAGAUUACGCUUAGCUGCUUUACGUCGCUAUCAUUACCAACUAGAAGGCGAGAGAGAAUGAUGGUGAGUCUUUUUCAGAUUUUUAUUGAAGUCUAUGUGAAGUUCACGUUAACCACAGAAUUUCUCAUCAAUAUCAAACAGUAUUGAAAGAAACGUUUACAAAUGGAAAGUAAAUGAUUAAAUUUCACUAUAAAAUAAUAUAUUACAGAAAAGAAACUCUAUUUGGGUUGUCCAAAAUGAAUUAUUGUAAUAUUUGCAUGUUUAAUGUUUAAUAAAGACAAUUUUAUUCCUUUUUAAUGAUAA